GGUGGCGGCAGCCCCGAGAGCAGGAUGCGGGUCCGGGUCGGGCUGACGCUGCUGCUCUGUGCGGUGCUGCUGGGCACGGCCUCGGCGUCGUCGGAUGAUGAAAGCGGCCAGGAUGAAUCCUUAGAUUCCAAGACUUCUUUGCCAUCAGAUGAGCCGGUAAAGGACCACAGCACAGCAGGCAGAGUAGUUGCUGGUCAGAUAUUUCUUGAUUCAGAAGAGUCGGAAUUAGAAUCACCUAUUCAGGAGGAGGAAGAUAGCCUCAGGAGCCAAGAAGGGGAAAGUGGCACCGAGGAAAUCAGCUUUCUAGAAUCUUCAAAUCCAGAAAACAAAGAUUAUGAAGAACCAACGAAAGUACGGAAACCAGCUUUGACCGCCAUUGAAGGCACAGCACACGGAGAGCCCUGCCACUUCCCUUUUCUUUUCCUGGAUAAGGAAUAUGAUGAGUGUACGUCAGAUGGGAGGGAAGAUGGCAGACUGUGGUGUGCUACAACCUAUGACUACAAGGCAGAUGAAAAGUGGGGCUUUUGUGAAACUGAAGAAGAGGCCACUAAAAGACGGCAAAUGCAGGAAGCAGAAGUGAUGUACCAGACUGGGAUGAAAAUCCUCAAUGGAAGCAAUAAGAAAAGCCAAAAAAGAGAAGCAUAUCGGUAUCUUCAAAAGGCAGCAAGCAUGAACCAUACCAAGGCCCUGGAGAGAGUGUCAUAUGCUCUUUUGUUUGGUGAUUACCUGACACAGAACCUUCAGACAGCUAAAGAGAUGUUUGAGAAGCUGACUGAGGAAGGCUCUCCCAAGGGGCAGACUGCUCUUGGCUUUCUCUACGCCUCUGGACUUGGUGUUAAUUCAAGUCAGGCAAAGGCCCUUGUUUAUUAUACUUUUGGAGCUCUUGGGGGCAACCUAAUAGCCCACAUGAUUUUGGGCUACCGCUACUGGGCUGGCAUCGGGGUCCUCCAGAGUUGUGAAUCCGCGCUGACUCAUUACCGUCUUGUGGCCAACCAUGUUGCUAGUGAUAUCUCGCUGACAGGAGGCUCAGUAGUGCAGAGAAUACGGCUGCCAGAUGAGGUGGAAAAUCCAGGAAUGAACAGUGGAAUGCUAGAAGAAGAUUUGAUUCAGUAUUACCAGUUCCUAGCUGAAAAGGGUGAUGUACAAGCACAGGUCGGUCUGGGACAACUGCACCUGCACGGAGGGCGUGGAGUAGAACAGAACCAUCAGAGAGCAUUUGACUACUUCAAUUUAGCAGCGAAUGCUGGCAACUCACAUGCGAUGGCCUUCUUGGGAAAGAUGUACUCAGAGGGAAGUGAUAUUGUGCCUCAGAGUAAUGAGACAGCCCUUCACUACUUUAAGAAAGCUGCUGACAUGGGCAACCCAGUUGGACAGAGUGGGCUUGGAAUGGCUUACCUCUACGGGAGAGGAGUUCAAGUUAAUUAUGAUCUGGCACUGAAGUAUUUCCAGAAAGCUGCUGAGCAAGGCUGGGUGGAUGGGCAACUACAGCUUGGCUCCAUGUACUAUAAUGGCAUUGGAGUCAAGAGGGAUUAUAAACAGGCCUUGAAGUACUUUAACUUAGCUUCUCAGGGAGGCCAUAUCCUGGCUUUCUAUAACCUAGCACAGAUGCACGCCAGUGGCACAGGUGUGAUGCGAUCCUGCCACAAUGCAGUAGAGGUGAGGGCUCUUCUACCAACUUCUGUACAAGAAAUUAAUUUUCCUAGAGAAGCCACCAUUGUAGGUGAGAAUGAAACCUACCCCAGAGCUUUGCUCCACUGGAACAGGGCUGCCUCGCAAGGCUAUACUGUGGCUAGAAUUAAGCUUGGAGACUACCAUUUCUAUGGAUUUGGCACCGAUGUGGAUUACGAGACUGCGUUUAUUCAUUAUCGUCUAGCAUCGGAGCAGCAACACAGCGCACAGGCUAUGUUUAAUCUGGGAUAUAUGCAUGAGAAAGGACUAGGCAUUAAACAGGAUAUUCACCUUGCAAAGCGUUUUUAUGACAUGGCAGCCGAAGCCAGCCCAGAUGCACAAGUACCAGUCUUCCUAGCGCUCUGCAAAUUGGGCAUCGUCUAUUUCUUGCAGUACAUACGGGAAGCAAAUAUUCGAGAUGUAUUUACCCAAGUUGAUAUGGACCAGCUUUUGGGACCUGAGUGGGACCUUUACCUCAUGACUAUCAUCGCGUUGCUGCUGGGAACAGUCAUAGCUUACAGGCAGAGGCAGCACCAAGACAUGCCCGGCCCCAGGCACCCCGGGCCACGGCCAGCAGCACCACAGCAGGAGGCGCCACCCGAGCAGCAGCCGCCACAGUAACGGCUGUGCCCAGCCUUGAUCAAUGACAACUGAGGGAAUCGUUUGCAGAGAACACCUGCGUUUGAUCUGGGACUCUGGCUCCGUGGCCACCUCCUGGAAGAGGCACAAGGAAGCAUUGAAUUCCUGCAGCUGCUUAGAAUCUGAUGCCUUUAUUUUCAGGGAUAAGUAACUCCUACCUAAACUGAGUUGAAUUUCAGUGCCGUUUGGAAUAACAACUCUCAGUGGCUUUCCUUUUUUUGGUUUGUUCUGGAAACAUACGUGAGACCCUCAAAGUAAUGUCUACUGUAUCCAGCUCUCUUGGGUCCUUUUGGUCAUUCUCUCAAUGUGCAUAAGUUCUCCGAUCAACCAUCUUCAAGGUCUUGUGCGUCGACACUAAAAACUGAUGUGUGAAAAGGAAAACCCAGUUACUCGCAAGUUUAACCUUAAUAUAUUUGAAAGUCUGGAAAUAGAACUUGCCUUUAAUGUAAAAAAAAAAAAAAAAAAAAAAGGCUUCAAAGUGUUUCAGAAUGGCCAUAGCAGAAACUUCUACCAAUCCACAUGCAACUGCACGUAUUCAGCACAUUUGUUACUUUAAAAGGGAAGGAAAGGAGGUUUCUGACUGCUGGUGAUUGUCAUAUUUUAUACCACACUUCUCUCCUUCAGAGACUGAAAGGCCUUGUUAGCGUUGUGUGUGAAUUUCAUUUCUUUGGAAUGGAAUAUCUAUAAAACAUUGUGAACUGAUUCCUUGAGCUAACACAUGCGUUUGCCCCACCUACUUAAUGCAAUUUGCUUGUUUUAAGUACGCAGAGCCUUGAUCUGGAAGCCAGAGGAUGGACUAAGUGGGAGAAAUUAGAAAGCAAUAUUGUAGAACCCUGCAUGGGGCGCUGAGACCAUAGACAUCCUUCCCCAAAAGUUGACCCCAUAGUUCCCAGGGCUCAUUUAGUUUGCAUUUCUUAUUGCAAAGGAACAGGUCACCCUCCUGAAUUCUCUUAAGUAUGAAAUACUGCAAAGGUACGGCAUGUGUUGACUACCAUGAUAAUACUAAGGCUGAGACAGGAUCUAGGGUGCAUGAAACUCAGUGGUCGAGGACAGCCAAAGCCUGUUCACACUGUUCAGGUGGAUUUUCACUUCUGCCGUUUUAUGUGACAGUAGAAAAUCAGCCACUUUCUCAGCUGUCAUAUUCAUCACCCUCCCACUGUGAACACUAGGAAAAUAAGGCUAUUCCACUCGAGAAUUGUCUGAUUAAAUUGUAUAGGAAACAACAGUGAAGAAAACUUGCAAACUUCACAUAUCUUGCAAAUGAAAAAAUUAAACAGUUUGUAUUUCUUUCCAUUGUCUGAGACUACGUUUGCACCUGAGCAGGCUUUCUGGGCCUACUGACCUCAGUCUGUUUUCUUAACCUUCAUAGUAUACUCUCUUUCCAUAACCCCUCACCUGCCAGAAAACUUGAAGAGUUUGUUAUUGUAGAGUUGUAGGACUGGUUCCUGAAGUUGGGGUUGCAUUUAGAACCAGAUUUAAUUAGUCAGUAAUGAACAUGAGGGCUUUAAAUGUGAUGAUGUAUGCUAUUUUGCUUAGAGUAGAUUUUAUGAGACACCUGGCAAGCAAACUCUCCUCCGAGGUAAUCGCCUUCAAAUCUGAAGAGGUGAUCACAGUGAGAGCCCUGUGUCUAAAAGUAUAUCCGGAAGGCAGGAAAUGUUACUCUCAAAAGUAUAAUGCCACUUUGAGUAGCUCUUGUGAAUAUUACGACUUGUUUGAUCUCUUACACUUGGCGAUUCGGGAACAGUGGAUAGGAUAUGGGGAUGUCUUUACUGCCUCUGCCCCCACCCUUCAGAAUCCCUAUCAGCCACGCUUCAUUUCAAAGGAACUGUUUUAACUGAUUUAAAGUUUAACUUCCACUUUUUCCCCUCUACCACCCAUCUACUUUCUCCUUUAGCAGCAUUUUAUAUCACUCUCCACUUCCCUCCAAUACUUUGGAAAAACAUGUCCUAUAACAGUGUGCACUCCCAAAGCUGAAUGGGGAAGGUCAGUCUGUUCUUCAUGCAGUAACAGGCUUCCUACCAGUUUGCCGCUCGCUGUGUCCUUUUUAUUAUUAACUAGAGGCCCAAUGCACGGAAUUCGUGUAAGAGCAGGCCUUCCUUGCCCCAGCUGGCGGCACCGGCUACCCUCUGGCAUCUGGGACCGGGGACCUGGGUUUCCCUUGCAGCCCUGGCUACAUCCGUGUCCAGUCUGAUUAGCAUAUUAUACUUUUAUUAUUAUAGAUACUCCAAAUACCCCUUUCUUGGCCUUUUCCACUUCCUGUUUUGCCAUGGGUCUUUUGCUCCUGGAAAUUCAAACGGUAUACUUAAAAUAACUUAGUUCCUAUGGCUUGGUGAUGUCAGUCCUUCUGACUGUCUCAAAGUACUCUGCUCCCUUCUCAAGGAACUGGUGUUUCUCCUAAAAUAAUGCUCAAUACUUAACCUAAUCAAAUGGCAUCCAUUUGAAUAAAAUGACAGUAACUAAAGCUAGUUAAUGUCAGUGACAUUAAACUGACUCCAGGACUCAGGAGUUUUAAUGGUAGCAUUUAGAGUUAGCAGGUAGAGUGUGGCUUCAUUUCUCCGCAGUAGCCCAUCACUCCCGUCCCGUUUUCUGGUCUGUCUCUACUUAGGGCAUCUUGCUCGUGCAUUUGGUGGUUGCUCACUCAACUGUUUCAGAGUCUCCACAUUGUCCGUUUGCUUCCAUUUUAUGUUGCAAAGGUCGCAUUGGUGUUUGGGUUUCUUUUUCUUUUCAUUUUGUGUUUGGAGUUUUUCUGUCUGUUUUCUGAGUGAGGCUUAUCUUAUUUUUUUUUUUUUUUUUUUUUUUUUUUGGUUACUAUUCAGAGACACAGAAAAAUAAUUCAAAACUCCUUUUUCAAAGUUCAUUAUUUAACACUUAAAUGAGAUUAACUUGUAUUAAUCUUCAUACUCUUGAUGAUGUGUUACCCUUGUGCACAUAAGAUGAAUUUGCGAGAGCUUUACUGCUGAGCUGUCUUAUCUUUGUGCCAUUGGAAAGUUGUAGAAGCUUUUGUGAUCUGGUGGUGAUCUGAUGCUUUAUUUCAUUUAAGGGCUACUGUUGCCUCCAGAAAACUUAAGUAUUUCACAUAGGAUUUUUUUUUAAUAUUUGGCUUUUUUUUCCCUUUGCUCUUCAUGUUUGCUCUUCAAACCAGUGUGUUGGAGGUAUACAUGCAAACCUAUAAAUGAAGACCACAAUUCUUGAUGUGUGUGGCAUAUAUAUUAUUGUCUGGCUACAUCUACAGAACACUUCCUGUCCAGAGGUUUGGACUGGCAUUUCACAUGCACAUUUCAAUAAAAUGCUUCAGGUAAAACAGACUCUUUAUCUGCCAGGAAGGGCAGCAUGGUACAUUUGUCCCAAUGACAUCUCAUAUUUGUUUUCAAAGUAAAUGUAAUACAUGUUGCACAAUAUUAGGACUAGAGGUGUUCAAGAAAUAAAGCAAAAGAAACUUAUAUUUUCAUGAAGAUAUUUUUAUCAGUCAUUGCUCACAAAUUUAAAUGAAAAUACAAAAUUUCUGAAUACCACAUUGUCUGAGGCACUCCCUGAUUUUUAAUGCAGAGCAGUCAUUGAGAAGUACCUAAAUUUCUCCUUCCACUUGGUAUUUCAAGAAAAUACAGAAUAGCCCACAUAAAAAAAGAUUUGUGUUUUAAAGUGACUAUUUGCACAAGAUCUGAUUUUGUGUGCACGAAAAGGACGUCUUGGUUAUGUGCAACGAGUCAUCUCACAUGUGCUGUCUUUUCUAUUUGGAAUGACACGCAAGCUGACGCUAUUCUCUGAUUUAUAAAAAGAAAUCAGUGUUGAAAUGAUCGAGGUGCAACCACUUUCGAUAUUGAGAAGCUUUGAAAGACGGUAAGCUGGCACCAGAAGGAACACCAUGGCAGACUCUUUCUGUAAAUUUAUUUUGUAUUUAAUUAAAUACAGUAUACAGGCUGGUGAAGUGUAAUAUAAUUGUGUAAACAAAUCCUGUUAAUAGAGAGAUGUACAGAUCCGUUUUGUACUGUACCUUGAACCUUGUGAAAUAAAGAUCCCACCUGGUUA